GUAAACAAAACAAAAAUUUUAAUAAGAAAAUUGCAAUUUUCAGGAAAUGAAGCCUGAUAUUGCUCAUUGUUGUGCAUGUCUUGCAACAAGAGUACCAAUUUUUGUUCCAUCUGGGUCUUUGGUUGCCACUUACAACUUGUUACUUAACUCAAAUCAGGUAAAACUAGAACCAGUGGCCGACGAAAAACUACUCUUUUGCGCUAAAUGUUGUAAAAAAUUAGAUGAAAUCCAAAUUUUCCAAAGUUCCUGUCAACAAUCGAUUACUUUUCUACUCCAACAAACUUCUUUUGAACCUCAUGAUGCAUUACGGGACAAAGUUGAAGCUGGUUUUCGUGACUUGUAUCAAGAAAAUGUCUCUGAUCACGAAAUUCUCGAAGCUCACGAUGAACCAAUGGACGAAAUUGAGACCGGAUUUUACGAUUUACAGGAAGAAAAUGAGAUAUUCGUACCGGAAAUUGUCAAAUGUGAACCUGAAAUCGUGAAAAAGGAAGAAAUUGAACAAGAAAAUUGCGUCGUUUGUAAAAAAACGUUUCCACUAAGACAAAAAUUCGCCAAUCCCGGUGAAAUGACGAUCAUUCAGCACAUUCUCGAAGAGCAUUGCAGGAAAACCAUAAACUUUUUCGGAUGUAAGCUCUGUGAUUGCACGUACAAAACUUCGAUGGGUCUCAAAGUGCAUCUGAAAAAAAUUCAUUCGGGCCAAACCAAAAUGUAUUUCUGCAAAUUUUGUCAAGAAAGUUUCGUUCUGAAGCGAAAAAUGCACAGUCACUUGAGGCAAUUUCAUCCUAACGAGGCAUCUCGGUACAUUUGUGACAUUUGCAAGCGGGAAUUUAAUCAAUUUGCCAGCAUUAAAAAUCACAUGGAACGACGUCACACGGAAGAACGCGAAUGUCCAACGUGCUUUAGAACGUUCGAAAAGGGAUUAGCCUUUACGAAACAUCGAAAAUCCUGCGGCGAAACUUACCAGUGUCACAUUUGCUCGGCAAUUCUUUUUACCGCGGCGACGCUCGAAAAGCACAUUGAACGCCUUCACAUGCCGUCACCGCCUUGCGACAUUUGUGGCGAAGCGUUUUCAUGCCAAACGGAAUUGGAUCAUCACAAAAAGAUGGCUCACAUGGUAAAAUCCAAAGUUUGCGAGCAAUGCGGUAUGACUUUCUACACAGAUAACGGACUGCAGAAUCACAUCAAGUACACACAUUUGGGGAUCAAGAAUAAAUUUAGGGGCACUCAGUCAUGGUGCGAAGUUUGUCAAAAACUCGAGCCGCACGAAACGAAGAAACAACACGAACGCCAAGCGAGAUUCGGAAAACGGUACAAAUGUGAUCAAUGUGAAAAGGCGUUCUUUACGGGGGCAAGACUGAAAAAACAUUAUCAUGUGCAUACGAAAACGAGACCUUUUAAUUGUAAAUUGUGUGAUCGGGGAUAUUAUCAUACGUCGUACCUGAAAGCGCAUUAUCAGAGAGCUCAUGGUUCGGAGUAUCUUGGAGCGAUUAAGAAGUUGAAAAUUCGGCUAAAAAAAUUUAAUUUCGGAUUAAAAUAUCAAUUAAUAUAUACAUUCAAAUGCAAAAUGGUUCGAAACUACAAACCAAAAACCGACAGACCCAAAAUAAGUGAAGCCGACAUCGCUGCUGCAGUCGAGGAUGUGAUUAAACAUCAAAUUUCCGUCCAUCAAGCGGCUCUGAAACAUAAAAUUAAUCAACAAACUCUCUAUAGCCGCAUCAGAAAGUUGCGUUCUGAAAUCUCUUUGGAUGGUUCUUCUCUUGAAAACAUAGAAAACGUUCUUAAUGAUCCUAAUAUUUCAACAAUUGUUACUCAAAAGACUGCUAAAAAAAUUUUCACGGACCAACAAGAAGAAGAACUUGCAAAAUUCAUUCUGGAUCGUCCGGAUCCGAAUAUCACAAGAACCCAAUGUCGCGAAAUCGCAUAUGAGUUUGCGAAGCAACAGGGUGUCGUUUAUCCUUCAUCUUGGGACAAAAAUCAAAUGGCAGGAAUUGAUUGGAUGGAUAACUUCCGAAAACGUCGACCAGAAAUACAGUUGAAGAAGGCGCCAAAGACAAUAAGAGCCGAAAAUGCACAAAAUAGUAUGGAAGUUGAUAGAAAUAACGCGUUUUCUUGGAAUGAUUGGUCUUUUCCUGAACCUGAAAGUCCUCCAGAGAUUCAAAUUGCACAUUGUUGUGGCUGUCUAUCAACCGAAACACCGAUUUUUGUUCCAACUGGGUCGUUAAUUGCGACUUACAAUAUUUUAAUUAACUCAAAUCAGAUAAAAUCCGAGCACAUUCCUGACGAAAAAUUAAUUUUUUGCGCAAAUUGUUGCAAAAAAUUAGAUGAAAUUCAAAAUUUUCAAAGUUCCUGCCAAAAUGCGACUAAUUUUCUCCUCCAACAAACCUCUUUAGACGCUCACGAUGAAUUACAAGAAAAAGUUGAAGCGGGAUUCCGUGAUUUAUAUGAAGAAAAUACCAUUAAUCAUGAAUUUUUGGAACCUGAGAUAAUCAAAUGGGAGCCCCCCAUCAGAUCUGAGUCCACAAUUGUGGAAAAUGACGAAAUUGCACAAGAAAAUUGCUCUAUUUGCAAUAAAUUCUUCCCGGUUCGUCAAAAAUCAGCAGGAAAUGGUGAAAUUACCUUCGAUAAACACAUGGUACUGGAACAUUCGCUCAAAACUUUGAAGGCUUUUCGAUGCACGAUUUGUGAUCUUUACUGCAACACCGAAGUCUAUUUCUUAAAUCACUUCCGGACCAUUCAUGAGGGCAAACAAAAAUUAUUUUUCUGCGAAUUUUGUCCGGAAAAGUUUUUGUUAAAGCCAAAAUUGGUCGCGCAUGUGAAGAAAUUCCAUAAAAACGAUGAAAUUCGUCUCGUUUGUGACAUUUGUCAUCUUCAAUUUCCUACAAAAGAAAAGUUGGAGAAACAUAUAGCGGCGAAACACAUUAGUACAAGGGAAUGUCCGUCGUGCCACGGUAAAUUUGAAAAAGGCAGCAAAUACAUAAAUCAUCGAAAAUCCUGCGGAAAUAUUUUCCAAUGUCAUCUUUGCUCGUCAAGCCUCGUCUCCGCUGCCGCUCUCGAGUACCAUAUAGCACGUUUCCACGUUCCUUCACCGCCUUGCGAAACUUGUGGCGAAACGUUCGCAUGCCAGGCCGACUUGGAUCACCACAAAAGACUCACUCACACGACAAAAACGCGAAUUUGCGAUCAAUGUGGCGCCAGUUUCUACACAAGUGGCGGCCUAAAGAGACACAUUCGGCACAUCCACAUGGGCAUCAAACACUCAGAAACCGGGAAACAAUCGUGGUGCCAAGUUUGCCAAAAACUCGAACCGCAUCGCACCAAAUUGAAGCACGAAAAGGAAGCGAAACACGGAAGACGUUACAAAUGCGACCAAUGCGAAAAAAGUUUCUUCUCAAAUCUGAAACUGAAGAAACAUUCUUAUGUGCAUUCGAAAACGCGUCCUUACAAUUGCAAAUUAUGCGAUACGGGAUAUUAUCAAUCGUCGUACCUGAAAGCGCAUUAUCAGAGAGUUCAUAAUUCGGAAUAUCUUGGGGCGAAUAAAAAAUGAAAAAGUUUCUUUUCUGCGGUUUCGUUCAAGUCUUUUGUAAGAAAA